AUUAUGUGCUCCCACAUUCGUGGAUUUGUGUUUGGAUAUGACAGUGACAGGGAAUAGCAGAGACCUAAAGUCAACAAGACCUGGGUCCCAAUUCUUCCACCCGCACCCCCGGUAGUGUGACCCUCCAGGUUCCUUUCUGGGUCACCUUCGGGACCCACAGUGGCAGGGUCGCUGCAGUGUGAUCUACGCUGUUGGAGGAGGUUUCCUCAUUGGGAACUCCCAAUGCGCGUGAAAUCCAAGAUCUGGUUCUCCCGCACACGUGCAUGUGCCUGGCUACCCGGGAAACCGCCUAAGUCCGCGCGGGUGCGCCUGGGGGGCCGCUCCCCUAGCUGACAUCCGUUAACCCCCAGGGGCUGCACGGCCUCUAGAACCGUUAUUAGAUCAACGGCAGGAAAUCAAACACCGGCCGGUUCUGCGCUCUCGCGGGGCCUCCCUCGGCCGCUACUCUCCCGAGGAUUCAAGGCCGCCCAGCCCCCUCCCCCGGCCCCGCACCAAUUCCCUCGGGACAAAUUUCCCUACGGACAGCGCAGGCAAAUCGGCGUCUUCUCAAAGACGCCCAAUGGGAACACGGGAACCGCCAUCUUUCGUUACGGACAAAGCUCCGCCCAACGGCUAUAAGGGAGACGCCAUGUCCUGUUACGGAACGGUGCCUCGCCCCUAGCCAUCCCUCCCAUCAGCAGCUGCGGCCCUCAAAGCUCUGACCCAAUAGGAUUCAGGUGCGGUCGUAAACCGUGACGUCACGCCGGUUUCGCCCUCGCUCAACUUGCCUGCCUUCGGGCGGGCGCCGCCAUGUUGCGGGGUCCUCGCUCCGGGCGUGUAGGUGUCUCCAUAAGAUGCCGGCUGAGCGCUUCCCCCCUCUUUUCUCCCCCAAGAUGGCGUCCAUGCGGGAGAGCGACACCGGCCUGUGGCUGCACAAUAAGUUGGGGGCGACGGACGAACUGUGGGCGCCACCGAGCAUCGCGUCGCUGCUCACGGCCACGGUCAUCGACAACAUCCGCCUCUGCUUCCACAACCUCUCGUCUGCCGUGAAACUGAAGCUACUGCUCGGGACCCUGCAUCUCCCUCGGCGCGCCGUAGAUGAGAUGAAAGGAGCAUUGACUGAAAUUAUCCAGCUUGCAACCUUGGAUUCAGACCCUUGGGUCUUAAUGGUAGCUGAUAUUUUAAAAUCCUUUCCAGAUACCGGUUCACUUAACCUUGAUCUUGAAGAACAGAAUCCCAAUGUUCAGGAUAUUUUAGGAGAGCUUAGAGAAAAAGUUAGCGAAUGUGAAGCAUCUGCUAUGUUGCCUUUGGAAUGUCAGUACUUAAACAAAAAUGCCUUGACCACUCUUGCUGGACCACUCACGCCCCCUGUGAAACAUUUUCAGCUGAAAAGAAAGCCUAAAAGUGCCACUUUGAGAGCAGAGCUCUUACAGAAAUCCACAGAGACUGCCCAACAGCUCAAGAAAACAGCUGGAGUACCUUUCCACGCCAAAGGAAGAGGACUGGUCAAAAAAAUUGAUACCACAACACCUCUUAAAGGCAUCCCAAAACAGGCUCCUUUCAGAAGCCCAACCACACCCAGUGUUUUUAGUCCUGCUGGAAACCGGACUCCCAUCCCUCCUUCUCGAACUCCUCUACUACGAAAAGAACGGGGAGUAAAGUUACUAGAUAUUUCAGAGCUGGAUAUGGUUGGUGCAGGCCGAGAGGCAAAAAGAAGAAGAAAGACUUUAGAUACAGAAGUUGUGGAAAAGCAAGCCAAAGAAGAAACAGUUGUCGAAAAUGCUACUCCUGAUUAUGCUGCCGGCCUUGUUUCUACCCAGAAACUUGGUUCUUUGAACAAUGAGCCUGCACUACCCUCUACAAGCUACUUGCCUGCAACUCCUAGUGUGGUUCCAUCAUCAUCCUAUAUACCAAGUUCUGAAACACAGCCAGCUCCUUCAGCUCGAGAGACCCUGCAGACCAUCCGGCAGCCAGAUGAGCCUGCGACCCCAAACACUGCUCUUCCUGCUCAAUUCAAGCAGAGAACCCCCAUGUACAACAGCAACGCCAACCCCGCUCCUGCGGUCGCCGCUCCACCUACCUCGCCUCUGACCCCGACAACCCUGCCAGCCAUCGCCCCCGCGGCACAGACUCCUCCGGUGGUGCCCCAGACCCAGCCGGCCCCGCCGCAGCAACCCAAGAAAGGCCUCUCCCUCACGAGGGAGCAGAUGUGUGCUGCUCAAGAAAUGUUCAAGACUGCAAACAAGGUGACCAGGCCCGAGAAAGCACUCAUCUUGGGCUUCAUGGCAGGAUCCAGGGAGAACCCUUGCCAAGAGCAGGGUGACAUCAUUCAGAUCAAGCUCAGUGAGCACACGGAAGUUCUUGACAAAGCUGACGGCACAGGAAGCACCACCAUGUUAGUCGACACAGUCUUUGAAAUGAACUACGCCACUGGCCAGUGGACCAGGCUCAAGAAGUACAAGCCCAUAACUAACGUUUCGUAGAGGACCCAGGACGAGACUUCGGGGACCAAGCCAAGCACGGGCAGCCACCUCUGCUGAAGAGAAAGCGGAGACGGCCCUUGACAAGCAAGGGCAUCCACGCUCUGUUUCUUGUUCCCUUCCAGGCUCGCUUUUACCCAUCCCCCCUCGGGAGUGUGCUCUGCAUGACAGCUGCACAGACUGAGGCUGGGAGAUGAGGAGGGCUUCCUAAAUGGAAAAGACGGAUUGAGAGAGUGCCCCGUCUUAGUCCUCUUUCCCUAAGAACUUCCUCUCUGGCCGAGCAGAGCUCCAUUCCAAAAUUGGGGAGGAAACACAAUUUCUGGGAUUGCUUUCAAAUUUUCUCUAAAGCCAAGAUGAUAAAUACCCCACUGAUUUGUACAACUUUGUGCUUAGCUCAUUUUGCUAGGGGGAAAAUGGCAUUCGAGGGAGCUGGGGAAUCCUGCGCAGUGUGAAUGUAUUAGUAUCAGUGCACUGUAAGUUUAGGCGAGCACCGAGACCUCACUUGGCCCUCAGUAUUGGGAUGUCCCAUAUUGCCAAAAGGAGCCCUCUCAGAUUGAUUGCAAGCCACCUGACCGGCCCUGGCCCUGCUGGCGGUCCGGCCGGACCAGGCUGGUGUCUGCCCACAGAAAUGGCGUGGGAUUUUAGGCCAGGACACGGGCACAGCUGCCGUAGCAGGCCUUCGACUUCUCCGGGGGGUGAGGGAUUGCUUGUGCCGGGGGACGAGAGGUGGGAAGGUCAGAACAGCUGAGGCGGCCGGUCAGCCCUGGCUGCCAAAACUUAGGGUGAGGUUCAUUGAGAGACCUGUGCUCAGGCCAGGGGUGGGAAUGCCGUUGGGGUGCCCUGGAGUAGGGAGCGUGGGAACGGUGCUGGCCAUUGAGGCGCCCUUUGCUUGCUGGGUCAAGCCUUAAGAAGUACUCGAGGUCUUGUGUGCGUGUGUGUGUGCGCGUGAGCAUACGCUGCGGCCAUGGCCCUCACUGCUGCUUCCUGCAGUCAUAUCGCCGAGAGGGCACUUGGAGAGAGGCAGCCCUUCUAUUUGAAUGAAUUCUAGCUUUUCCUUUUUGGUUCAAGUCUGAAACAAUCGAUCUUUUGUCAGGGGGAAGAGGGUUGGAUCAAUCAUUCAGAGGUGCACAGCCAAAUGCUUCCUCUGAAGAGGAAUGUUUACAUGUGUAGAGCUUCAGCUGGGAGCCACGGCACAAGGGCUGACCCCGGCACAAAGAGGCCUUCUGUGACUGGUGCUUCUGGGGGGUCGUUUCAGAGCCACCCUGUAUUCUAUGACCACUCCUGAUUGGGCAGUGUGGAAGUACAGCCUGAGUUAGUUUUCAGAGUAAGCCCUCGGGAAUGAAUGGUAAGGCUCGUUUUAGGUAAUUGGGGGGUGGGUGUUGGGGAGAGUAGUAGAGAACACUUGGGGUUGGGUUUUUUUUUUUUUAAGAUGUUUUGUUUUUGGAUUUAAUGUUACAUUUUGCAAAGCUAAAUUUAACCAAAAAAAGUUUUUCCUUAAUUUUAGUGACUGAUAUUCCUGUUGGCCUUUUAUCCAACUUAAAUUUUUUAAAAGAGAAAUUCUGGUAAUUGUUAACUUAGAGUUAUUUUUCUACUAAAAUGUUUCAGUGUGCUAGUAGAAAGUGAACUGCUUUGAACCGCAGGCGCUGGCUACAAGCGUGAAACAUGAACGGUGUUUGAAACUUGCAGCCUUUGGUUAGGAGAGCUCUUCACCUCCCGUGUUGUGGGCUCAGACCAGACUGAGUGACCAACAUGGCCACUCCCAUCCUCCAGAGUUGAGUGUGGUGUCCCUGGGGUCUCUGGAUGGAUCACAAGGCGAUGCACAAUAGAAGUGAUGAUUCCUAUGGGGUGUUGGGGCCAAAUUCAGUCACUGGAGGAGCACAUAGGCAAAGGAUAGGGGAUGGCUGCAGCCCUCUGCAGAGGGGUUUCCCACUUCCUGAGCCAAGACUUUCUGUGAUCAGAUUUAAAGAGUAAACAGGAAUGUGUUACCUCCCACAUUUAUAAAACAAAGGCCUGUUAUUGCUGCCCCUUAGCAAAAUACUUUGUUCCUUUAACUUUCUCAAUCCAGCUAACAACUUUUGAGGGGAGGGGUUUAGUUUAGUUUCAUAGGGUUUAAUGAAGCAAAGAAGCUAAGACAGUAGUCUAUUUUUGAAAUUAUUAAGAAGUUGCUUAAACACAGAAGAUCCUCCGUCCCUUGCUUGGAUCAGUCCAUACUGCAUUUAGGGGCCAUCACAGCGUCAGACAAUUCAGAAGAAAGCAAGAUGUAUUUCCUGCAUUUGAUUCUCUAGGGAACAGAAGCGUUUUACCGUUUUGUGAGGAAAUGCUCUCACCCUCUGAACUGUAUGUUUGCUUUGGUGUGCUGCUGCCAGGCCCUCAGCAGCGUGACAGGGUCCCCAGAGCCAGAGGGCAGCACUUUUCCUGGAGCCAUAGAUGAGAAAAAGACCUUUUCCAUCCUCUACCCUGAACACCGAACGGUUCCUCAGCCUGAAUCGUGGGAAAUGCAGACGGCUUUUCUGGCUGGACCGAACACCUGGCGCCAUCCAGGUUUGCAGCCCUCAAGGCUGCGAAACAUUUUCAUAGCAAGAUUUGACUGGUAGGAGCUAAACCAUCAUCAGCUAGCCAGACUGCCCCCAUCCCAUUAAUCUGGUGCCUUUGAUUAUAGAAAAGAAAAAGUCAUUUUGUAAAAUGUUUCAUCUCCAGCAGAGCCCCCUUAUGUUUUCUAUUCUUGGUUUUUGUACAGUUGUAAAAAUAUUACAGAUCUUCUGUCUCUGGGUACGUAUUUUCAGUGUAAUACAGUCUGUAUAAUAAAAAGUUUAGAUUUUCUAAAGAA